CUUCCCUGCCCUUUUCUUCCGAAUCAGUGAACUAGACAUGCAGGACUUGUUCCUUGUUCUUUCUUAGUCAGAUAUGGAAUAUGUGCCUAUAUCAGCCACGUUCUUCUCAAGCAUUUGAAGGGGUCGUCACUUGGUUUUCUGUCAACUAACCUCAUCUCAAAGGCUUGCACGCAGCACACCAGUCACCUCAGCGGAUUGGGAGGGGGCGGUAUUACCAUGAGCUGCUGACAACUUAUUACUGGAGCAAUGGCUGUGAGGCCACUGGACUUGUGGAACCGUUGGUCCAUCCAGAUCCUAAUGCUCUUCAGCCUCGUCCUGCAUGUUCUCCUCCUCCCCCUCGCUGGAAUCCGGCGACGCAGAGCCACUAUAUUGCUGAGGAUCCCUUUGUGGCUCGCAUACCACCUGGCUGACACCAUAGGGAUUUAUGCAAUUGGACUCCUCUCCCUGAGCAGCGCACCGCGCGACCACCGGCUCAUGCCAUUCUGGGCACCCUUCCUUCUCCUGCACCGUGGCGGCCCAGACAGCAUAGCCGCCUAUGCAUUCCAUGACAACCAACUCUGGCUGCGCCACCUGCAGGUCUUCGUCGUGAAGGUCCUAGCAGCAACAUAUGUCCUCUACAAACAUCUCCCUAAAAGCGACACCUUCCUUGCCCUUGCCGCAUUCUUGAUGUGGGCGGUCGGCAUCGGCAAGUAUGCUGAGAGGGUUGUUGCGAUCAGGGGCGGUAACAUGAGCAGCAUCCGAAGGUCUCUGAAGAAGCAACCACUCGCCAGGCAUCAUCACUUCCAUCAUUGGGAUCAAGGAAUACUGAAGAAGACUAACGACGAAGAAGAAGCGCAUUUGCGCCGUGCUCAUUACAUGUUCCACAUAUGCAAGCGUGCAACAGUUGAUUCUUGGCUGGAGAAAGAUCCAGAACACAAUACCUUGGAGAUGCUCAAGGCCCUUAGGAAGGAAGACUCCAAGGGCAUGUGGGCAUUCUCUGAGAUGCAGCUCUCCCUGCUGUACGACAUCCUGUACACCAAGGCUGCCGUGAUACACACAUGGCCAGGUUACUUCAUCCGUCUCGCCUCAUCUGUCGCCAUUGCUGCCUCAUUUCUGCUGUUCCAUUUCAGUGGCAAAGAUGAUCACAAGGUAGACGUUGGUGUCACUUACACCUUGCUUGCUGGGGCUUUCCUUAUGGAGGUAGCAUCUCUGUUGAAUUCCCUAGGAUCCUCAUGGACAUAUGCCUUCUUGUGCACCACGCGAUGGAGUUGGAUCCGAUAUGCAGCUCUAUGUACCGGAAGGUGGGAUCGUCUUCGCCAGAUUGCCAAGACCAUCAAGGGAAGUGCUGGCAGCAAUAGGUCAGGCAGGAGGUGGUCGGGCGAAAUGGGGCAGUAUAACAUGUUACACUAUUGCAGUCGCCGCAGAAUGUCCUAUACACCCCUUGUAGGCAGAGUUGCUGCGAUGUUGGGAUUCGAGGAGUGGUGGAAUAGGAAGCAUUACUCUGCAACAGUCAACAUUUCUGAUGGCCUGAAACAGGGGCUGUUCGAGUACAUACACAGAUUAACAGAGACGGGUUUGAACUCACAGGGUGUGAUCAGGAAGAGCUGGGGUCAAGACGCGCUUGAGAGGGAGGACAGGGACUUGUAUGACCGUAUCAAGAAAGAAAGAAACCUCGGUGUUGAGUUCCAAGAGGGAGUCAUAAUAUGGCACAUCGGCACAGACAUCUUCCUAGCCAAAAGCAGUAGAGAUACCGGUGACGCAGCUGAUGUGGUGAAGGAUAUAAGGACUCUGUCCAACUAUCUGAUGUUCCUCCUCGUGGAUCACCCUAAAAUGCUGCCAGGCCUUGCCCAGAACAUGCUAUACCGGCGAACCUGUGAAAACUUAUCAGAAAGGUGCAAGAAUCAUGGUCAUCAAACAACUGGAAAUAUGGGUACAAUGCUCAAGGAAAUAUUGCGCCUGAACGAUGGCCCUAAUGUCACUGAACUGAACCAUCAUGUAAAUGAGCUCGCCAACACGGUAUACAAGGAGAGGCCAAAAUACAGCCACAACGUCCCUCGCCUCUGUUAUGCUAAUGGAGUUGCUAAAGAACUACUUGACAGAGAGAAGGACAAAGGCAGCAAGGCCGUGCUGAAAUUGGUCCUUCAAGUGUGGAUGGAUUUUCUAGUCUACGCAGCCAAUCGAUGCAGCAGGGAGUCCCAUGCCAAGAAGCUCAACAGUGGCGGUGAGCUGACGAGCGUCAUCUGGAUUAUGACAGACUUCCUUAACCAAGAAGCUUAUGCACGACAUAAGGAUUGAGCCUUGCAGGAUAGCAACCAUUACUUGUUACAAUUAAUUCAUUCUGUAGAGAAAUUCCUCAGGAAUGUAAGAUAUAUAUGUCAACAAGUUGUACCGCUCGAGGUUCACAGGUAUAUUAAUUGUUUAAUUGCUUCUUGGCUGCUAAACAAUGUAAUA